GUUAGUUUAGAAAAUAUUUUGUAAAAUCGAGGGUGUAUUUUAUGGAACUGUAUCCCGAAAAAUCCUGACCGCGUAAUUUGUUGAGCCCUAAUCCUGACCCUCGGAAGUCAGUGGAACGCUCCUAUAAAUACCUAACCAUUUUCCCUUCUUUUAUCUUCGUAGCGAGAGAGAACUUUUAAGAGAGGCGGAGACAUAGACAUAGACAAGAAGGCUUGGCGUUCUUGUUGCAGAGUUUUGAGUUUCUGUACCACAGCAACCAAUCAUGCAGAUCUUUGUUAAGACCUUGACUGGAAAGACCAUCACUCUCGAGGUAGAGAGCUCUGACACCAUCGACAAUGUAAAGGCAAAGAUCCAGGACAAGGAAGGCAUCCCCCCUGACCAGCAGAGAUUGAUUUUUGCUGGAAAGCAAUUGGAAGAUGGACGUACACUUGCUGAUUAUAACAUCCAGAAGGAGUCCACACUCCACCUUGUCCUCAGGCUCAGGGGUGGUAUGCAGAUCUUUGUUAAAACCCUAACUGGGAAAACCAUCACCCUGGAGGUUGAGAGCUCUGACACCAUAGACAAUGUAAAGGCAAAGAUACAGGACAAGGAAGGCAUUCCCCCUGACCAGCAGAGAUUAAUUUUUGCUGGAAAGCAAUUGGAGGAUGGCCGUACUCUUGCUGACUAUAACAUCCAAAAGGAGUCCACACUCCACCUUGUCCUCAGGCUCAGGGGUGGCAUGCAAAUCUUCGUCAAAACCCUAACUGGGAAGACAAUCACCCUUGAGGUCGAGAGCUCAGAUACUAUUGACAAUGUAAAGGCCAAGAUCCAGGACAAGGAAGGGAUCCCUCCCGAUCAGCAAAGGCUCAUCUUUGCUGGGAAGCAGUUGGAGGAUGGUCGCACUCUUGCAGAUUACAACAUUCAAAAGGAGUCUACCCUUCACUUGGUGCUCAGGCUUCGAGGCGGCAUGCAAAUUUUUGUGAAGACCCUCACUGGUAAAACCAUCACUUUGGAGGUUGAGAGUUCAGACACUAUUGAUAAUGUUAAGGCCAAGAUCCAGGACAAGGAGGGAAUCCCCCCUGACCAGCAAAGGUUGAUUUUUGCCGGUAAGCAAUUGGAAGAUGGCCGUACCCUCGCCGACUAUAAUAUUCAGAAGGAGUCCACACUCCAUCUGGUGCUUAGGCUUCGUGGGGGUAUGCAGAUCUUUGUUAAAACCCUGACUGGAAAGACCAUUACCCUGGAGGUUGAGAGCUCGGAUACCAUUGAUAAUGUCAAGGCAAAGAUCCAGGACAAGGAAGGGAUCCCUCCCGACCAACAGAGGCUCAUCUUCGCUGGUAAGCAAUUAGAGGAUGGUCGUACUCUCGCGGACUACAACAUUCAAAAGGAGUCCACCCUCCACUUGGUUCUCAGGCUUCGUGGGGGUAUGCAAAUUUUUGUCAAGACCCUGACUGGUAAGACGAUCACAUUGGAGGUUGAGAGCUCGGACACCAUCGAUAAUGUGAAGUCAAAGAUUCAGGACAAGGAAGGCAUCCCUCCUGACCAGCAAAGGCUGAUCUUUGCCGGCAAGCAAUUGGAGGAUGGAAGGACUCUGGCUGAUUACAAUAUCCAGAAGGAGUCCACCCUCCAUUUGGUCCUCAGGUUGAGGGGUGGCAUGCAGAUUUUUGUUAAGACUCUUACUGGAAAGACCAUUACCCUUGAGGUGGAGAGCUCCGAUACCAUUGACAAUGUCAAGGCGAAAAUUCAGGACAAGGAGGGCAUCCCACCAGACCAGCAGAGGCUCAUCUUUGCUGGGAAGCAGCUUGAAGAUGGGAGGACCCUUGCUGAUUACAAUAUCCAGAAGGAGUCCACCCUUCAUCUCGUCCUGCGACUUCGUGGUGGUAAUUGAAGCUCUGCUUCAUAAUCUACUGUUUUACGUGUCGGUUGUGCGGUCUGUUAUUUGCUCUCUUCUCUAUCCUUUACUCUGUGGUCUUUUGACCCGCCUCUCUCUACUGGACAUAUUAUGAAGUUUGUUAUGUUACGGGGCAUUAUUGGACUUCUAUUGCCUCACUUUGUUUGGUUUGGAACGCAUGAAUAGGUGAAUAAAUAGACAAAGUAGUUUAUGUAAAUUGUGGGUUUGGUGUGAUUGUAGCUUCCAAUGGUUUGAGAAUUUUUAUUUCAUGCUUGUUUGUGUUUUUUGAUAA